UUGAUAUAUCCUCCCAUGAGCGGAAGUGUACGGGAUUCUGCCUUUCUGCUGAAUCCAACAUCGUUUGUAAAGGGGGAACACCGUCUGCAUCGCUUCCCACCGCAUCACCAUCAGCUUGUCUGCGUUCCUCGUCGCUGUACACCAUUUACAUUAGCUACAUAUUAGCCCGGGACAUGCGCUAUCCGGUUAGGCUUUUACUACACCAGACAUGCGCAGUUAAUGACAAAUCAACAUGAGAAUAGCUGCGACAGCGGUAACAAUAAGAAUGCGAAUGUACUACUAGUGGACGUAUUUUGUUUUAGGUCUGCGCAAUCGACGUGAACGCCUGCCUGGACACGGGAGAGGAUUAAGUUACUGCUGCUGGCGGAGGAUUAUUUUAUUGGCCUCAUCCUGUCACGCCCGAAUCUUUGGUGAUCUUUUUUUCCCCAUUAGUACAGGUCGAAAGCCAGAGACAUGUCUUUCCGACGAGGUGUGGUCCGGCAGAGCAAGUUCCGCCAUGUCUUCGCCCAAGCGUGGAAAGCUGAGCACUGCAUCGACGAUAUCAGAGUGUCCCGAGUGACGUGGGACACCUCCCUCUGUGCGGUCAACCCCAAAUUCAUCGCCGUUAUCAUCGAAUCCGGCGGAGGAGGGGCCUUCCUCGUUGUUCCCAUCAGCAAGGCAGGCCGAAUCGAUCAGUCCAGUCCUACAGUGUGUGGACAUUUAGCCCCGGUGCUGGACAUCCAGUGGUCUCCUCAUGACGACAACAUCAUCGCAAGUGCCUCAGAGGAUUGCACCGUGAAGGUGUGGCAGAUACCAGACGGAGGCCUGACGAGCCCCAUGACUGAGGCCAUUGUGACCCUCGAAGGACACAGUAAAAGAGUGGGAAUCCUGGCUUGGCACCCAACUGCCUUCAACAUCCUCAUGACUGCAGGCUGCGAUAAUGUGAUCUGUGUGUGGAACGUGGGCACAGGCGAGCUUGUGUACCAGCUGAGUGAUGCCCACCCAGAUAUGAUUUACAGUGUCUGCUGGAACAAGGACGGCAGCGCUGUGUGCACCGUCUGCAAGGACAAGGCUCUGCGAGUCAUCGACCCGCGACGCGGCACCGUCCUCAAGGUGAAAGAGAAGGUCCAUGAUGGCACCAGGCCAAUGAGAGCAGUGUUCCUCUCUGAUGGGAAGAUCCUGACCACAGGCUUCAGCCGGAUGAGUGAGAGACAGAUGGCAUUGUGGGAUCCGAAAGAUCUGUCUGAGCCAAUGGCAGUACAGGAGAUGGAUACAAGUAAUGGAGUUCUUCUACCCUUUUAUGACCCUGAUACCAACAUGGUGUACCUGUGUGGAAAGGGGGACUGCACCAUCCGGUAUUUUGAAGUGACAGACGAGUCCCCGUAUGUUCACUUCCUCAGUUUAUACAGCAGCAAGGAGCCUCAGAGAGGUGCCGGAUUUCUUAGCAAAAGAGGUGUCGAUGUCAACAAGUGUGAAAUUGCCAGGUUCUACAAACUGCAUGAAAGGAAAGUGGAACCCAUUUCUAUGACUGUACCACGAAAGUCAGAUCUGUUUCAGGGAGACCUCUACCCGGACACAGCUGGGUCAGAGCCGGCUCUCCUGGCUGAUGAGUGGAUCGCUGGGCAGGAUGCCUCGCCCCUGUUGGUCUCUCUGAGCGGCGGGUACGCAGCUCCUCAAUCCAAGCACAGAGAAAUCCUCAAAAGCAAACCCAAGCUGGCCCCGCAGGACUCUGGGAACGCCACGCCUUCGAAUGCAGCCGCUCCCACAUCGCACUCUGCGGAAGAAGAGGUGCCACGAGUAAACACGAGAGAGACGGAUGGAAAUGCAGAGAGACCGAAGAGAGAGGAGGAUUUGCUGAACGAGUUGUUAGCAGAGAUGAAGGCGUUGCGGGCUGUCGUCCUCGCUCAGAGCCAGAGAAUCGAGUUGCUGGAGAGGCAGCUAGCUCGCAUCGAGGAUGGGGAUGUAUGAGCAAGGCGGAGCACCACUACAUUCGACGGGCACUAUUACUAGAUCCAUAGCCUUACUAUAAUCAACAGUAACUCAAGCUGUGCGAGUGGAAGAAUGUAGUGUCGAUUAGCGACUUGUCUAUGAAUCACAGUGGCUUUACAACCAGGUCAAUUAUUGUGAAGAAAACCCAGACGACAAUUUCUGAUAUCCAGACUGUGGAUUCAAGCGGGGUGUCAUCUGCAUAGAGUGAUAUGUUUUGUUUUUCAUAUGAAGGAGUAUUGUUGCAGCUUUUUGGUGGUAUUUAUAGUGCAACUUUGAGCUUUGCAAAACCCACACACUAAUUUUGAAGAGCUUUGAAGGCAUAACAAUGGCACUAAUGCCUCCAAAUAAUGCAUAAACUAGAGAAAUUAAGCAUUUUUUUAAAAAAGUGAAUGAAGGCUGACAUUCUAUAGCAAGGCGAUUAAGUACCUCUAAUAUGAUUUUCUUUCUUUCAAGCACCCACACAUGUUAGCAUUAGGGCUAUGUAACCAGGUAGUUAAAGCUGCUAAACUGUGAUGUCCUUUCAAACCCCCCGAUUGUUAGUUCAUCGUGUGACUUGUGCUUUGUUUUACGCCAUGUGUAUGUAGGAAAAUCUCUUGGUACACAAAUCAUGACCUUGACAGUGAGAAUUAUGUGACUGAUAGCUGAGGAGAGCGUAGUUGAAUAGUUACGUGUAUUGUAAUUCUGUGUAGUCUUUGCAGUCGAUGAUAAGGUAACACUUGUGUUUUUGUACCUCAUGUUAUCCGGAGAGAGUUGCAGUAUUGAAGAGAUGUCCGAGAUAUCCCAGCGCAAGAUAUUUAUUGAGAUAAAUACGCAGAAAUACUUGCCUCCCCUUUUUUCUUUGAGCUGCACCAUCUUUUGCCACCUAAAGAACCAUGAUCUCUGGUGUCACUUUCUUUCAGAAAUGUAAGCUAAAAGGACCUAAAACUACUUGCAGUGCAAUCUUACUAAAACAUUUUAGAUUUCUCAGCGUUGCAGCUACAAAAGAGAGGAAGUGACACAGUGAUAUUUUUUUUUAAAGUUUGAUAUUGCAUUUAUAUAGGUGUUAAAAGAUGGAGCGAUCUUUUUACAUUUUUUUUUUUUUUUAGUUUUGUGUUUUUUUGCCAUUAUAUUUACAGGCGUCCUUUUUACUUCUCCACGAGUCGGUUAUGUGUAGCAAUGGUACAUUCCACGUCAAGCUUUUCCCUUUGUUAUUAAGGGAUUUAUAUUUCUUUGUGCACUGACCUCUUAACACCAACUGUAAAACCAGUAGCAGAUUAAUGAGACAACAUUGUGAAAACUCAAUAAACAUGAAUUCUUCCUUUGUAUUAA